AUGCCCCGUCUGGCUCCAGACUAUCCAGGUCGAUACAAACCCCCACGGUUCGCCUACCUUCGUUCUUUACUCCCCCUCAUAGCCCUCAUCCUCCUCUUCUCCUUCGGUCUGAUCUCUUAUUCUCUUCUCUCACAUUUCCGCUCACCAGCCAAGAAACAGCAAUUGGGAUGGCAAUCUUGGGAUGUGGUAGAUAUCAGUGGACUCAAUAGUGGGAAAGAGGGUGACGACGUGUUGAAUGUUGGCAAUUCCACACAGGAUGAUGAUUUUGUACCUAGCAUACCGUUAGACAAUUGGGACCCUUUGGCCGUGCACACAACCGGAUUGACGGAAAUCGCUGUCAGACCAUGUUACUUCCCUCCUUAUCUGUUCGGCUCUUACUGCGCCCCAGAAACAACAGGCGAGCUCGACAAGACUAAAGGUAAAUGGGUCAUCGUAGAGAAAGAUCUCAACAUUCGAACAGGUCUUUGGUACUUGAACCUGUACUACCGUCGAACACGUCGUCUGGACGUGCCUCUCAUCACAGAUAUCCGAGUAGCUCCCGACCCCCCACCUGAAGACAUCGCUUCGGAAUUGGAAGGAUGGACCAAAGCCUCUGGUGAUUUACAUUCUGGUAUCUGGCCUACACAACCUGCAAUGAGACUUUGGUACAAGGUGGCCGAUCAGACGUGGGAUGGAUGGAAGAGACAAGAGAUCAUGGAUGAAGAUUAUAUCACGGAAUUGGAUGUGGUCUAUGGAGAUGGGGAUCCGUGGUUUGGCUUUGAGAGGGUACAGGGAGGUAAGGUGGUGGAUGCUAAAGCAGGAAGAUGGGAUAGUGUAGAUAUCGCUUUCCGAAGAGGUAACCCUGUAUGGUCGAAAACGAAGGUGCCGACUUUCCAUUCGGAUGGAACUUUCAAGAUUAUGCAAAUCGCCGAUCUGCAUUACUCCGUAGGAAAUGGUGAAUGUAGGGACACCGAUAAGACUCCUUGUGUGGGGGAUUCAGAUACAGCCGAGUGGUUAGGAGAAGCACUUGAUGCUGAAGAGCCGGAUCUGGUGGUCUUUUCCGGGGACCAACUAAACGGUCAAAGCACAUCGUACGACGCUCGAUCUGUUCUUGCGAAAUUUGCCAAACCAGUCAUCGACCGAAAGAUUCCAUGGACAGCAGUGUUUGGAAAUCAUGAUAGUGAGAUUGCCGAUGAUCGAGAGAAUCAGAUCCGGUUGUUACAGAGCAUGCCUUAUUCUUUGGUCAAAUCUGGUCCUUCCUCAGUGGAUGGAUUUGGAAACUACUAUAUCAAACUCCAUUCUAGUGAUCCUUCCCAUAUACAUAUCUUCACACUUUAUUUCCUCGAUUCCCAUGCAUAUCAAAAAGUAUCCCUGCCAUGGCAAAAAGCAGAUUACGAUUAUCUCAAAACAUCUCAAAUAGAUUGGUUCAGAAACGUAUCUUCUUCCAUCAAACCGAUUUCUAGACCUUUCCAACCUGAUGGAGCUGAAGAUCUUGGUAAAAUUUGGAAUCGUCCAAACGAAAAGGAGAGAAGAAGCACAAAAUUGGCAAAACCAAAUGCCAUGAUGUGGUUUCAUAUACCUCUUCCAGAAGCAUACAACCCACCUGAUCGAUCAGGUUUCGACGAUGAAGAAUUAGAUCUAGGUGUUCAAUUAGAUAAAUCAGGAGCUAGUAAACAUAAUUCCGGUUUUUUCUAUAAUGCAAUAAAAGAAUCUUAUGAGAAAGGAGGAACGGAUCAAGAUGAAGAUUGGUUUGAUAGUCCUAAAGUAUCAGAGGUAAAGGUAUUGAGUCAUGGUCAUUGUCAUAAUACCGAUAGAUGUAGACGUGUUGAUGGGGUAUGGAUGUGUUUCGAUGGAGGUUCUUCUUAUUCCGGUUACGGACAAUUAGGUUUUGAUCGUAGAGUAAGAAUAUACCAAAUAUCAAGUUUUGGAGAAACCAUAGAAACUUAUAAACGUUUAACCAGUGGAAGUGUGAUAGAUGGUCAGAUAUUAGUAGGAGCUGGUGCUCCUAGUGGUUGGGGAGAAGAUCAAGUUAGUUAUGUUUGA